AUGAGCGAUCUUCCUCCGACUCGCGUACGCGAAGCGAUACCAUUCGCUAAUACGGGCAUCGACUUUUGCGGCCCGUUCCACAUAAAGGAGAAAAAAUAUCGCAAUCGGACAAAGAUUAAAACAUACGUAUGCGUAUUUGUAUGCAUGGCGAUCAAAGCGAUCCAUCUCAAACUCGUGAGCGAUUUGUCGUCCGAUGGGUUCAUUGCCGCGCUGCGAAGGUUCGUGUCAAGACGAGGCUUGCCGAAAAACGUGUAUUCCGAUAACGGAACUAACUUCGUGGGAGCGAAUAGUCAGUUAAAGGAAAUGUACACGAUCUUUAAUUCAGAACAACACAAGGAGGCCGUGAAUAGGUUUAGGAGCGAAUAUCGGAUUUCGUGGCAUUUCAUUCCUCCCGCGGCCCUCCACUUCGGUGGAUUAUGGGAAUCGUCAGUGAAGCUCUUCAAACAUCAUUUUAAGCGUGUCAUAGGAGAGGCUCUAUAUACCUUCGAAGAGCUCAAUACGUUUAUUGUCGAGAUCGAAGGCAUUCUUAAUUCCAAACCGAUCACGGCUCUUUCAUCAGAUCCGAAUGAUAUAUUAGCUUUGACACCCGCUCAUUACCUCAUUGGUCAGCCACUAACAGCCCUUCCCGAGGGCAAUUUGCUCUCUGUUACAGCUAAUCGCCUGUCAAAAUGGCAGCACAUCACAAACAUGCGACAGGAUUUUGGUCACGCUGGAACCUGGAAUAUUUAA